AUCUAUUCCAAAGAUCUAUUCUGUACCAGUUUAUUUAUAAGAUUGUCUCAUUGCCUGUGUUUUCGAUUUUGUUUCUAUUUAUUGAUAUUUAGCACACAUAUGUCUCCAAGAUUGAUAACAAGGUCGCCAGUAACUUUAGCGUUAAACAAGAAAAUAAAAACUUGGGUAAACAAGUCAGUAGCGCUAAAAUCCGCUUCUGACAAACGAACAGACAAUAUGAGUGGCAAAUACUCGAUUUUAGAAACCUCGCAAAACAGGAUAUCGAUAGAAGUGUCUCCUAAUAACAAUUUCAAUGCCAAAUUACUCGGCGAACUUGGUCCACAUUUUAUUUCCGUCACAUGGCUCGGAGCGAAGUAUUUGCAGUUGCCUAACCACCAGAUUCCAACAGUUGUCCUGGCGCAAAAUUUAAAUAAACUGAAAUGUCCGGUAUUGGUUCAUUUACCCGGGAGGAACUUGAAGAAAGAACGCAUGUUGGAGAUUUUAAAUUUACUGAAAAAUAGCGGAAUUAAACAUGUUCUGGCUCUACAAGGAGAUUGGGUUCAUGUUUUGGAGAAGGAUGAUACCAAAGUAGAUUUUCCUUAUGCUUCGGAUCUAGUUUCCUUUAUUAAAGAAAAUUUUGGAAGUGAAUUUUGUGUUGGUGUUACGGCUUAUCCAGAUUUGCAUCCGCAUUGUGAGGAUUUAGAAAGGGAUCUUGAUUAUUUAAAGAAAAAGAUAUCCCUUGGAGCUGAAUUUAUUCUAACCCAAGCAGUUUUCGAUUUUGACGUGUUGGAAAACUACGUAAAGUCCUGCAGAAGACACGGUAUCAACGUUCCCAUCUUUGUCGGCGUUUUUAUCAUCAAAUCUUACCAAAGCCUGAAGAAUAUGGCGAAAUGGUGCGAAUUCAAGUUCUGGAUCUCUUACCCGCCACCGGGGGCGGGCAGCUCCUCCAGCUCCAAGGACAAGGAGAAAGAGAAGUUGGAGGACGAGAAAAAACCGCUGUCGAAGGAGCAGAGACAGCAGGAGUACGACGCUGCUAUAAAGGAACACCACCGUUCCCAGCGGGAGCAGUGGGAGAUCCGCCAGCUCGACAACGACCUGCUCCAGCAGCGCCAAUCGGAGCGGGAGCGGGAACGGGAGCAAAAGGAACUGGCCGAGCAACGUCUGCUCCUCGUCGACGAACAGGAUGAACUUAAUCAGCAGCCGCCGUAA